AUUCCAGGGCUUAGGAUCAAGUCAACGAAAUGGAGUUGUCAGUGGUGUGGAUCAGCUGUCAUGGAUCCUUAAGUUCCAGGUCUUGUGACAACCCAAAGUCGCUACGUUCCUUGGGCUUUGCAACGUUUACGAAGUCACUGGCACUUAGCUCGAGAAAGGCCGAGGUGUUGUGUGGCCAUGAGUAAAGUGGUGGCUGUAAACACAGAGGAAAGCCAGGGUUGCAGCAAAAAGACUCCAGAGCUGUCGUUCAGCGCCGUUCCCCCCGAGAUGUUGGAAGAGUUUCUGGUUGAUGUGGCCAAGGAGAAUGAAAAUAACCUGCUGAACCUCUCUCAGCACGCUGGCUGUUUCAAAAAGACAACCUUAAUUGAAUUUGUUUUCCUUCUUUGUGAGCAACUGGGACUUCAUCAGGUUACAAGGUAUCAAGCUGUGGAGCUAUUGGAAAGGUUUAUGAUACAGUACAUUGAAAAACUGUAUUCAUCUACAUGUGCAGGAUCUGAGAAAAAUGCUGAAAAACUUGAUUGGGAACAAUUGCAGGAUAGAAUUCAAGAGCAUUUUGUACUACGGAUCAUGUCGUGUGUUCAAAUAGCAAGCAAAAUCUCAUUCCACUACCAGAUUGUUAAUAUUAGCAUGGCCCUGAAGUUUCUCCAGUCACUUGGUUACUCGUAUAAGAAGGAAGACCUUCUGGAUUCAGAACUACUUGUGCUUGAAACUUUGAAUUUUCAAGUCAAUGUCCCUUCCCCUUUCACUCACACUGAAAUACUAUUAGAAGUCAUGGGGUACAAUGAUCCAUCAGUUCCAGUUAAGUAUCUACACUGUAUUUCCCUAAAGGUGCUUAAAUUUGUUUACCUCAUGAGAAACACCAUCUAUGAAAACUUACUAAAAAUUGCUAUUGAAAAUGCUAUACCUAGUGAACUCCAAAGAGCAAAAUUUUUGACAGUGAAGGAAGAUUGCAUGCUUCUAGCUGUUGGGGUCAUUGGAACAAGUGCAUUCAUACUGAACUACACACCAUGGUUCAAGGUUGUGCAGCAGCUGGCUUCAAUUAGUGGUGUAACAGAACAAAGCAUCUCUGAUGCGGACACAGUGGGCCAAGUGGUCUUCUUUUGUUCUACAAAAGAUGAUAACUCAUUCUUCUUAACUUAGAGAAUGUAGACCAAUUUCAAGUCUCUCCUCAUAGGAUGAUCCUGCCAUGCUAGGAAUUAGACUGAUGACCAUCUGCUGCACGUCUACAGAAAUUAUAUUCUUGCCCAGACAAGAUGCCAUGAAGCAAAAUGGAUCUAGUCAGAAGCAAGA